AUUAAAUGGUUUCGCCGCCGCGUGAGUUCGCCACUGGCGCUGCAAGCCUUUUUUCUUUCCCUUCUCGCCUUUUAAGUGGAUCUAUUCUGUUCUGGAGAUUUUUUUUCGUGAGACCACAUUACAGUUGAAACGUUAAAACAGAAAUGGCAGACACUGAAGUUGACACCAAGUCGGAGAUCUCCGCAAAGGACCUGAAGGAGAAGAAGCAGGUUGAAGAGGCUGAGAAUGGGAAGGAGGCCCCUGCCAAUGGAAAAGCUGUGGAUGAGGAGAAUGGUGACCCUGAAAAUGAAGUAGACGAGGAAGACGAUGAUGUGGGUGAGGAAGAUGACGAGGAAGAUGACGGAGAGGGUGAUGAUGAUGAGGAUGAUGAUGAAGCAGAGGGUGGAACAGGGAAGCGGGCAGCUGAAGAUGAUGAUGAUGAUGAUGAGGAGGAUGUGGGAACUAAGAAACAGAAGACUGAUGCUUAGGAGUGGUCCUGCUGCACCGCCCCCACCCCAGCGAGGGGGGGCCCAACACAUGGUCAUCAUCUGUUAGAGUUCACCGUCCACGCCUACUCACCCACCUCAGAUUUUUUAGAUACAACCAAGACUUCAAAGCUCUACCUUCUGACAAAAUACUUUAAAAGGAGAAUUUGUUUGUAUUUUUAUUUACAUUUUAUAUUUUUGUACAUAUUGUUAGAAGGUCAGCCAUUUUUGACCGUGAUCUCGGGUGACCAAACGGUGCUUUGAAGUUGAGGCUUCUCUAUGAAAUAGACUUUACUUGUGGUUUGACCAUGUCAUCUUAUCUCUACGGAAACCUGUACAAAAUCAAAGCAUUCCAGUAACUUUGUGUAUGUAUUUUAGUUGUACCAUAAGUAGUUGGUUUGUAUGAGAUGGCCAGGCCAAAGAAAAGAGGUUUCUUUUCUUUAUUGUCUGUUAAAUUGCUGUCUAUUGUGGCCUGUUCGACGUGUGCGUGAAGUUUGUUGUACGACAAUAAACCGAAAUUUUAUUUUGUGAGUUCUUAA